AUGCAGUAUUUGAUUGCAUUCAUCGCAUGUGUGGCCGCUUCAGAAGCCUGUUCCUGUCUACCGUUCAACUCUCUGAAAGAGACAUUCUGCGCCUCAGACUUCGUAACGCAUGUGAAGGUAAUUGCAAAGGACGAUCCAAAUGAAGACUCUGAUGGCUUGGAGGAUGUCGAAUACAUCGUAGAACACAUCUGCGUUUAUCGACCACAAAGAAUAAAACUCCUUACAGUAACGCAUGUGAAGGUAAUUGCAAAGGACGAUCCAAAUGAAGACUCUGAUGGCUUGGAGGAUGUCGAAUACAUCGUAGAACACAUCUGCGUUUAUCGAAAGCCUGCGAAUGUGAAAAUUCUACCGAAAGAGAUCAGUACAGCGUCGAACUCGGCUGCAUGUGGUAUUGAAUUAGAUGUUGGUCAGGAGUACCUCCUGGGAGGUAAGUUGGCUAAAAUCCUAGAUCUGUUGAUCUCAGUCUGA